AUGGCUCUUGAGUGGCAAGCUGUCAGUGAGAUUGAUAAUACUCUUUGCGGAAAGCUGCAGAAAGUUUUCAGUGAUCCUUGCAAUCUUGCACUUGCGUGUUUUGACGAAGGGAGUACCAUUGAUUUGGUGGAGGAUGCAUUGCAAGGACAAAGCAAGCUUCGUCAGUGGAGUCUUGAGGCUGAGCCGAGGGUCAAGCGCGAGGUCUCUUUCCGUGCAGGCACUCUUAAGACGCUGGCCACUCGGGUGGCUGUGCCAAAGAAGGAUGUCGGUGCUGAGUUUGAGUCUUUGGUGUCUAAGAAUCCACAAGUUGGUGUACGCAUCUUGGAACAAGCAUUGCGUCAGAGGAGAAUGGGCACAGACAAUAGCCGUCAGGCGAGGGAAGAGGUCAGUCGCAAGAGGUGGAUCCUGGAACUGGCGACGGUCAUCCGUGAGGCGGGUUUGCCUGCGGCCUCACGUAUCGAUGCUAUGAGCAAUCCGGAAGCUGCUUGGGUUCGUGCCUUUGGAUCUCGUAGAGCAAAGACUUUAAAGAAUCGUGCUGUGGUGUGGCACAAGCUGGCGGAGUGGCUACAGGCUACAUAUUCGGUGUGCUGGCCUCAGUCGGCAGAAGUCGUUCUACAAUACCUUGAAGAGAGGCAUGAGAUUUCACCAUUGGGCAAGACUGUCCCGGGGGCAGUUCUCUCUUCACUGGGCCUCCUGGAGCAGGUUGGUCAGGUGGAUGCCCCCGAUCGCUUGAGUGAGGAUACUCUGCUUAUUGAGGGUGUUCGCUCUUGGAAGGUUGAGCUCGAGCAGGAAUCGGCGCCAGUUAAGCAAGCACCCAUGUUUCCGGUGAUUGUCUUGAUUGCGUGUGAGCUUGUGGUAUGCAACACUUCAGCUGAUACGUGGAGCAGAUUUUAUGCCUUCGUGGUCCUCCUUCAGGUGUGGGCCACCUUGCGCGUAGAUGAUCUUCAGAAUAUCAACCCGGCGAGCAUUACCUUGUCACAGCUUGGGCUUAAGAUGACCCUGGACAGGACGAAAACAUCAGGUGCAGGGAAACAUGUUGGCAGGCUACAAGCGUUUGUCAUGCGAGGUAUUAGCCUUUCUGGAUUCGAUUGGAUCGGUCAUGGCUACCGGUUGGUGAAUUCAGAAGCACUCAAGUUUGAGCGGGACUUCCUGUGUGUUCGCUUCUGCGGUGACAGGGACACUGCUCAUCAAACCUUCAUCGACAGUGAGGAGGUCGCUUUGAACAUACGCAAGCUGCUUCAGGAGCUGCCGAUGCCAGUUAAGAAGUCAGGCAAGUGGACUUACAGUCGUGAUUCACGCAUGCUUCCUGAAGCUGUUGUGCCGUAUUUCACAGGGCAUUCUGGAAGGCACACGUUGCCGAGUUUGGCGGCGGCGGCAGGCGUGGCCAAGGAGCCUCGCGACUACCUUGGGAGAUGGUCUGCAGCCAAGCAUGGCAGCCAAGAUUAUGUGCUUACGUCACGACAAGUUGUGCAUCAUGUGCAGUCUACCACAUGUCGGGCGAUUCUCGAGGGGGUGCCUUCCCCGGGGAUCGUUGAGGAGGAGAGCUUGAAUGAGAUUCAAGAAUAUUAUGUCAAGCGAGGGGGACCACCACUGCAACUCAAGCGUCAAUUGAAAUGUUUGGAGUGGGAUGAAGAGAGAGGCUCAUGGGCCUUGGGGGGCACAUUCCCCUUGAUUAGCAUGUCUCCUGGGAUUUUGGAGCAGGCCAAAGGGGAUCCUCGGGCCAAACUUCCAGAGGAGACGAUUGGACCGGCAUCGGCUUAUUCUCUGAUGAGCCAUACGGCGGAUGGUCGUGAGAUCUGCUUCGCCUACAACGCCCAGGGCUGCUCUGGCGGCUGCGGGAGGGUUCAUGUUUGCCGAGUUCGGGGUUGCAACCAGCCGCAUCCGCUUUGGGAGCACUUUGCCAAGUUGAGCAUCAAGGAUGACAAGAAGGACAGUGGUUCGGCGAACUGA